UCGGUUAGGGUUCUUAUUAGCCGCCGAACGGGUUUGUGUUCCCUGUCUACUCGAUUUCAAUGGUUGAUCUGUUUUCUGUGAAAACAGUUUUCUUCUUUGGCUUUUCUGUAUGAGAUUUUCCGGCAAAGUUUAUGUUUUUCUGGAGAAAAUGGACGGUGACGAUGAAAUCAGUGAAAGGUCUCGUUCGUCGUAAAAUUGGCCUUCAAUGGCGAAUUUGCCGACCAUCCUGUUAUAUCACCACCCAUAUUCUGAGUCCAUUCUUCCAUAAUGUUUUACUCUUUGUUCGUUCCUCGGCCGAUGAUUAAAUUAACAAAAGACAAGCAUAUGUCCGAAUCAAUCCAUGUUGAUAAAGCCUAAUCUUCUCUAUGAGGCCGAUUCUUUUUUCAUAUCUUUCAUUCAAGUUUUAAACUUUUUGUCAUUAAAAAUCAAUUCUUGUGGGUUUAUCAAAUUGAUUACAGUGUUGGAAUGAGAAGGGUCAAGUGAUGAUUUAAUUACGCAUAGUUCAGAUGAUAAAAUCUCCAUGAUUAAUCAUAUUACUUAGUCUUUCGCUCCUAUCUGAUGACCCUUCUUUCUCCAAUUCUUCUUGAUCUUGUUUCUUCUGGUGUGUGAUACGUUUGAUUCCAAGAUGUAAUCAAUAUGGGUUCAUAGUCAAAGACGUGGGAACCUUGUCGGAAAAGCUAGUCAGGUGUUGCGCAUCGGAAGCUUGGCCUCCGCUCCUUCUACACAUCUUUCAGUAACACCAGAAUCAUAGAAUUUAGUGAGACGAGAUGACAUUCUUUAACCUUUAAUAAGAACUCCUGUGUUUCUUUGAGUGGCUGAGUUUCCCUAUACACGCUACAAAUUUGAAGUUAAACCACGAGUUUCCGGUCUUGGAGCCUACAUGUUUAAGGAAAGGUAGGUCAAGAACUCCUUGUUUAUCCACGUUCAGAGGAAAAGAUACCCCAACCCGCAAGGUAUUGGUAAGGUGUCUUCUGUAAGGGUUUGUUUACAGGAGAAUUCUCUUCCCAUUUUAUGAUCAAUAUUUCCUUGUCUUAGAGAAGGAAAACGAGCGAGAGGGCAACUUGUAUGAUGAUAACUCCAUUGUGUCACCUUCCUUUGCUACUACCUGUCUGUGCAAGUUCCUGAAAUACUUUGAUCUGAAAAUAUUGGAUCAGAAAUCUUUUCUCAAACAAGCAAUAUCUUAUCAUCCUUCACCAGAAGAUGGAGUCAGAAGAGUAGUUAACAGCACAAGAAACGGCAGAUAAAUCGAGUGGUUGCAUCACCAAGACCAUGUUCUAUCAUGUACACAAUUUCAGGCCAUACCAAAACCCCUUGGAAGCUUGAAAUAAUCCAUCGGACUUGAGAUUUCAGAAAAUCAUUGUAGGAAAACCAAUGAAGCUAUUGAUGCUGAAUUCGCCUCUUAGCAAUCAUCUGUCCGGAGCAUUUAUGGCUCUGGUAUGAAAUGACGAAAUGCCAACACAGGUUUCGCCACCGGCACCAACCCAUUUCUCCCCUCUUGUCGCCCCCCAUCUCGGCCUCCACUGCUUCUACCGCAGUCGGGUUCCACCGCCGAUGCAGAAGUGUGUUUUUACGGUCCCCGUUCAAUGGACUCGGGAGGAGAUGGAGGAUAAUGGGUUGUUUCUGAAAAAUCUUGAAUAGGAAUCAGAUAUUUGCAGGGAUAGUGGAGGAGAUGGCAGGUGAAGAAGACUCGUCAUCAUCAUCACGACUAUUGAAAGUUUCAAUCUUUCUCCCCGAAAAUGACAAAUUUUUUUCUUCUUUUGUUUCCCUUUUGUUCAAUUUGUAGCUUAGUUGAUUCAAGGUACUCUAAUCUUUGCUUUGCUUGUUCCAUUAGUCAUGCGAGAGAUGAGUGCCCCACUCCACCAUGUUUCAACAACCAUUGAACUAAUAAUAUCUUUUAUGUUUUGUAUUAGAUGCUAAUCUUUCAUUUACUUUUAGAUUUAAUCUAUUCAUAUUGUUUCUUCUUUUACAGAUUAUUACACACCAAAGUGAAAGGGGCAAAAAUUUUGGGUGCGAAUAAUAGAAUUAAGGAAAAAGGUUGGUCUUUUCCUUUUGCAUUUUUCUAUUGAUCACAAGAGGUCAAUGGAUAACAAAGAUUUCAGAUUACAUGAGACAUCAAGGCGAAUCCAAUAGAGGGAGAGGGAGACGGCGUCCAGUCCAUGGUUUUUUUUUUGGCAGUUUUAAGCUUUCUGUGAAGGAUUCCACAAAAGUGAAAACCUUCCCUUUCUCCCUCGUUGUCCCAAGAAAGCUCUAAUCUUCAAUCUUUAAUCUCUCUCUCUCUCUCGGCGGGUCGGUCAAUGUUGAAGCUUUGGAGAUGGUACCAGCGAUGCCUCGCGGUUCAUCCGGUGAAAACCCAGGUCAUCAGUUCCGGUUUUCUAUGGGGCAUUGGCGAUAUCACCGCUCAGUACAUCACUCACUCCACCGCUCAACGCCGUCUUCAUCGUAUUCCGAACGCGGAUAAAGAUACAGAUGCAGAUGCGGAAUUCAAGGUUAACUGGAAGCGGGUCGCCAUCACAAGCAUGUUUGGGUUCGGUUUUGUAGGACCGAUUGGCCACUUCUGGUACGAAGGAUUGGACAGAUUCAUUAAACUAAGGCUUCUAUACGAACCGAAGACAGCACGGUUUGUGGCUGCGAAAGUCGCGAUGGACGGCCUUAUAUUCGGACCCUUUGAUCUACUAGUGUUCUUUACGUACAUGGGAUUCGCCACGGGAAAGAACCCGACCGAAGUGAAAGAAGGAUUGAAGAGGGAUUUCCUACCGGCGUUGGUUCUUGAAGGCGGGGCUUGGCCUCUGCUUCAGAUUGCGAAUUUCCGAUACGUACCCGUGAGGUACCAGCUGCUUUACGUCAAUAUCUUCUGCUUGCUGGACAGCGCUUUUCUCUCGUGGGUCGAGCAGCAGAAAGACGCGGCUUGGAAGCAGUGGUUCACGUCUUCCUUCGAGACGUUGAAAGACCGAGGAGGCCAACGCGGGCCGCCGUAAGCUUUUCCCUGGUUAAGAAAGGUGAUACUUUUUAUCAGAAGUAGAGACAAUGCCGGUUUCAUGGUCUGAAUCCGAAUCCCCCAUGGUUUCUUCUUCUGCUUUUGCUCAGAACCGAUUCUGAUGCUGGCAUCUAUCUGAUAACCGGGUUCCUUCCAGACAUAACCGGAACCGAAUUGUCUGGAAAAGAUUUUGCUUCUGAUAUGAUUUGGCAAGGUCUCGCGCCAUAUAAGAACUCGAAAGGCGUGGACUUUUGAUUUUUUUUUUAAAAAAAAAGAGGAGCUUUUUUGUUUGUCAAUGGAGUCAUUACAUACAGUUUGAAGCAUUUAUAUACAUACAUACGUACAUA